AUGAAAAUAUCCAGAUCUCAAUAAGUACUUACAGGUGCAUGUAAUAAAUUUCGGUGCUAUUUUCAAGAAAUGGUUCGGAAUGGAAUUCAUAAUUAUAUCGAUACAAUAAAACCAAUACUAUUUCUAAUGAAAAUACUGGGAACGAUGCCAUUCCAUUUAAAUGAGAAAGAAAAUAUACCUACAUUUCUGACAUCUAAAUUUCUAUCACUAAUCGGCGUAAUUAUUUAUUGCACCAAUGUUACUUUUAACUUGGCUUAUAUGUUUCGGCAAAUGACCUACUCGGAGGAUAGUUUUAGUUUCAAAUAUUUAAUGGGGAUUGUGCCCAGGUUAAUUGUUCGAUGGUUUGUCUUCAUGAUACCUUUUUGCACGUGGAAUAAACAGAAAUAUUUAAGCGAGUAUUGGAAAAAUUGGAAACACUUCCAGGACAGAUAUGAAAAAAUAUCCGACAAAGUGUACGUUUCACGGUCAAAAACAAGCAUAAAACUGGCUACCUUAAUCGUCUUACUUCUCACAUUAUUUAUCGAAGUAUUAGGAUAUAUUUAUGUACACGAUGGAAACGAUUAUACCAAUUUGAUCGCUGGAGGUUUAGCUUAUUCGACUGUCUUCACUGUGGGAGCUUAUUGGUACACAAACUGCAUUUACGUGAAAUACGCAGCCGCCGAUUUACUUCAUUUACAAAAGGGAAGUAAGACGAAUAGAUCGAUUACUCCAUUAAAUAUUGCCUAAUUAUUAAUUAGUCAAAUUGUGGCUCAUUGAUAUGUUUCAUUUUGCAGAAUGUAAUAGAGAAGAGUAUGAACUCAAAUGAUCAACAAUUACACGAAAUAUUGUCAAUUUGGUUAACUUUGAGUGAGCUAAUGGAAAAGUUCAAUGCUGCACAUUCCGUUCUAUUUUUGGUUUAUAUUUUAGGAAUUGUUACGGCUAUGAUUAUUUUUUCCUAUACAGCAAUUUAUCAUUCAACGUAUCAAGAAAUGUCCGAAAUUGUUGUGCAAUUGACAGGAAUUUUAAUAACUGUGAUGCUUAUUUUUGUAAUAUGCGAGACUGCGUAUUCAGUACAAAGACAGAUUAAUCAAAAACAAAAAGAAGUAUUAUUACAAGAAAACACCAAUCACAUGACUUCUAAAAUGCUUCAUAAUGUGCUGUGUUUUUUGCAAACCAUUUACGUUAAAAACCCUGCAGUGAAUUUGAACGGAUUUAUUGUGCUGAAUCGUGUAGUAUUUCCAUCGAUUGCAUCAGUUUGCAUCAAUUAUCUCAUAAUAUUGCGUCAAUUUUCCCUGGGAAUUUAAAAGAACAAUACCUAUAUACGUAUACAAGGACAUUUUUGAAAUCAUUUUCAAUCAAAACUGAGCACACCCACACAACGUGACUUGUACUGCAUACAGCAAGUGACCUACCUAAUAUCCUACCUGAAUGCAUGUGUAUAAAUGAUAGGUACCCACUCAUAUCGCUCGAACUGAAGGAUGAAGAUAGAUUAAACAUUACCUAGGUAUCUAUUCUAACAUAAAGUUAUAGUUAAUUCCGCCUAAUUUUGUAUCACGAGUAUUUUAUAGCUAAAAUACACACGAACAUUUGUAAUAAAUAGACGACGAUAGUGCUGUAAUAAAUCGUACAAUUAAGAUUUUACAACGAUGAUAAAGUUGACAGGUAUAAUAAUGAAAACAUAAUCACGUACCUCAGCUAUAUUCCUACCUACGUAUUUACUUAUUAAAUAUUCGGAACUGAAAUAACGACGAAUAAAUGACUUAAAACCAACACCCAUCAAGAAGUUAUGAUUUUAAUUAGUUUCAAAAAUGCAGUAGGAAUUUGUUCAGUCAGUUUCCUGUUUGGGAAAUAUGUUCCCAUCAAGCAUGUUCAAAUCGAAUAAAAACGAAUAUUUGAAAACAAUGAAACCGAUGCUUUAUUUGAUGAGAAUAAUUUGCGCAUUGCCAUUUUGGAUAAAACCACAACAUGAAAUUCCUCGUUUCGUAUCAUCGAAGAUUGUUGCCUCAGUGAGCAUCGUCUCGUGUAUAUUUUUUCACUACCAUUUCGGAAGCUACGUAUUAGACAUGCUAAUUCGCACAAAUAUGGCUAAUAUUGUAAGGUUGGUGGCAGCUACAGGACCUGAAAUGCUUUUUGAACUGUUUUGUUUGGCCAUACCACUAAUAAUGUUGAGCAGGAAUAAAGAAGUACAAGAAUAUUGGAACUCGUGGCAACAGUUUCAGAAAGAAUAUGAAAAUGUGAUUGGAACACCUUUUGUAUCAAGAAGUCGAAAACACGUCAACAUAGCAGCGCUAAUCAGCCUUUCGUGGUUAGCUUGGAGAAGUAUUUACGCUGCGUGGUUUCAUUAUCAUGUAUUUAGUGGUAUCGUCGAUUUCCUCACGAAUGAUUAUCUUUUUUUCUCACUUUAUGUUAUAUCCUUCUACUGGUUUGCCAAUUGCGCCUAUAUUAGCUCGAUAUCGGAGGAUAUUCGUAUUCUAGAACAGAAAAUCAUCAGCGAGAAGAAAGAUCACUUCAAAUUGAAAAAACUCAUCUCAGUAUGGUUAAAUCUGUGCGAUAUAAGUAAUCAUUUCAACGAAGCUCAUUCCUUCUUAUAUUUGAUAUUCUUCAUGUUAAUAGUGAUCUCUGUUAUCAUCUAUGUUUAUGCUCUUUUAUACUAUUCGACGUAUAAAAUCGUGUACCCUUGCACAGUCUACAUCAAUUUGUCAUCAAUGUAUGUGAUUUUUCUUCUAGUAAUUUGCGAAUCGGCGCAUUCAACUUAUUACCAAAUGAAUUAUCUGCAAAAGGAAACUUUACUGCAAGAAAACACAAUGAAAAUAGAGACUGCCAUGUUAAAAUCGAUAUCAAGAUUUUUGCAUACGGUCAACUUGCGAAAUCCAACCAUGCAUUUAAAUGGAUUUUUCCCCCUGAAGCGAAUAGAAUUUCCAAUGGUUCUCACUCUUUCUAUCAACUACUUGAUUAUCCUCCGCCAGUUCGCUGAUCAAUGAAUUAAAACAUCUGUGACCAAAUCAUUUCGUUUGAAAAAUCAUUUCAAGUUUCCACCAUCAUUAAUAAAAAUUCAUGAUGAAAUACAUAUUAUUUUCAUCCCAUUUUCUAGUACAUACCUAUUAUAUUAUGUAAUUUUAUAGUUGUCAUAGACUUCAAGUUAAACAUUUUUCCUCGGAAAAUUACAGGAAGAAAAUAUAUGUAUUUUGUUAA